AACUGAUCCCUGCCGUGACAGUUAGGAGGGCCUGCAACUUAUGGCCGGCUAGCUGCGGGUGACCUGUGUCUUCAUUAUGCUGUCCCCGUGUAUCCCCGCCAGAAUUUAAUCGUCUGUCAGCAAGCGAGGCGUUCGGUGAAUUGCGUCGUCAGUUUGAUGAAAGAAAGUUACUGGGUUCACAGGCGUCACCACCUCGGUACCAUGGGAGGCGUUUUGCAAGGCUUGGUGCUGCUGCUGACGCCGCCUCUGCUCAUUCAUGGCUGCAAGCCCAUCGUGAUCAACACUUGGAACUUUACCAACGCCACAGCCAAAGCUUGGGAGAUCCUGCGGCAGGGCGAAGGCACGGCGGUGGACGCGGUGGAGCGAGGGUGCACUGUGUGCGAGGAGCUGCAGUGUGACGGCACCGUGGGGUUUGGAGGCAGCCCGGAUGAGACAGGAGAGACCACACUCGAUGCUAUGAUUAUGGACGGGACCACUCAUGAUGUGGGCGCCGUGGCGGACCUGCGCAGAGUGAAGGGGGCCAUGGCCGUGGCCCGCAGCGUGAUGGAACACACCACACACACCCUGUUAGUGGGGGAGCAGGCCACGCGCUUCGCCCUCAUGAUGGGCUUCCCCGAGGAGAACCUGACCACUCCUGCCUCGGUGAAGAUGCACGAGGAGUGGCUCAGGAACAACUGUCAGCCUAACUUCUGGGUGAACGUGUCGCCAGACCCCACCACCUCCUGCGGACCCUACCAGCCUAGUAAUGCAAGCAAGAAUACUAAGGAAUCUACUGCCAAGGAGGGAGGCAACUUCAGCCAACUCAACCACGACACCAUUGGAAUGAUCGCCCUCGAUUCCCAGGGCCACAUAGCUGGUGGAACUUCAACUAACGGUGCGCGCAACAAGAUUCCAGGCAGGGUAGGAGACUCGCCCAUCCCAGGCAGCGGCGCCUAUGUAGACAAGUUUGUGGGAGGGGCAGCGGCCACAGGUGACGGCGACGUGAUGAUGAGGUUCCUGCCAGCCCUGGUCGCUGUGGAGGGGAUGCGUGCAGGCUUGAGUCCCCACAAAGCAGCAGAGAUGGCCAUCUACAGAGUGGCUCAGUAUUACCCAGACUUCAUGGGCGCCGUGGUGGCUCUCAAUAUGAAAGGAGAGUACGGUGCCGCUUGUCAUGGCAUCGACCACUUUCCUUACUCCGUGGCCAGUAGAGAAACUGAUGUCGUAGAGGUGAAGACAACUUCCUGCGUAGAAUAACAUUCCACCCCAGAGAGAGAGAGAGGUUUCAAUUCCAUAGCAUGUCUUAUAUUUUAUAUGGCCUUUAUAUAUACAAUUGUUACAACUCGUUACAAGUAUUCAUGUUACGUCUACCUGUGUCAAAGUUUUGGUUCCCCAGCUUGGGAUCAGCCGUGGGUUACAGAGAGAAUGGAGGCUGACGGCCCACCUAUUGUGCUCAGAUCCACAUUACCAUCUCACUAAAACUUUUUCCUUGGUUAUGGUUACGGACUCAAGUCAUGAUUCUUUACUUGCAAGUUUUAUUUCUAUUAAAAUUGAAGUAUA